GCCUGCCGAGGCCCCCGAAGGAGGGAGGGAGGGGGAGCCCCGAGCCCCAGGUAUUGCAGCAGUGGAUUUUUGUUCUAGUUCUCUAUACUGCACAAGAGCCAAGUCUCUAAUGCGCUCUUCUGGGCGGUCUGUUCUUCUGAUCCAGUUUGCCUGGCAUUGUGUCCUGAUGGAGGCAGACAAACAGGAGGUACCUGUAUCUCAAAGAGUCUGCAUCUACACUAUAGACCUCAAGGCUCCUUUGCUGCCCAGCUUUCUUUUGGAAAAGAGCUGGGUGGUGACAGCAGAGGAAGAGUGAAUGCUCGCCCCUCAAGUGAAAAGUUGAGAUAAGCUCAAAGCCAUGACUCUCUAAUAGAGAUCAGUCAUGAGAUGGAUAGUCGAUGACAAAAAACUACUGUGCGGGGCUUCUCAGCACAGCACCAGCCAGCUGUUGACAAUGUGUAAGCAUUGUCAGCUCUUGUGUAGUACCAAAAUCAGGGGCUCUACCUCUUGCCAGCUUUUCACUUGGCAGGAGAAAUGUAAAGAAUUGGAAGCUUCUAGGAAGAUCUAAUUUUGAGUGCCAUAUGACUUAUAUGACUGCCAUAGCUAAGCUGUGAAGCCAGAUGCAACCCAAAUUGCCAAGUUGAAAGAGUGCCUGUGCAUACCGUGUAUACACAUACACAUACAUAUGUGCAACUACAGAGACUGGGAGUUACAUAUUUUAGAAGGAUUUAGCAACUGAUAAAAAUCAAUUCAAGCACUAGAUGGAGCAUCCUGACAGCACGAGGACCAAAAGCCCAUGCGAUACCUUCUGCUAGUAGUGGUCACCUCUCUGUAUGGUCUACAGCAUUUGAAAAAAAAAUUGCAAGAAGGAACAGAAGACAACACACCCACUGCACAGCAGAAUAGACAUAAAUACCUCUAUGGAAAAAAAAAUUAUGAAACUGUCUGUAAGAGACUGAUACUGUCGUUCCCAGAGAAGGAAUAAUGUUCAAGUUCCUGGUGCAUUUCAGUUGGAUUUAAUGUGGUUGCUAAUUAAGCAGUGAUAAAUAAUUGAGUGUGAGGUGUUGACUCAUAGAAAGUGCUUUGUGAAGUGGUGGGACAGAUCCAGGGGUUGAAUUCCAGAGACUUUGUCAUCUUAUAUUGAGUUUUGCACUUGAAUUUGCUAUUUUUUCUUCUUCUCUGCCCUCUUAUUUUGAUUUUGUUCUUUGUUAAUAUGUUACAAAUGCUGAUAAAUAUUUGAUAAUAAAUGUUACACAGAGCAUUGGAAUACUUUUAAAAACUACAUUCUACCGCUGCAAAUGUGUUGGUUAGAACUAUGAAUCUCUGCUCUAGAAAAGCAUCAAUAAGGAAGGGGCAUUUUGACCAAGCAAAGAACACAUCACAGAAGACUCUAAAAGGAAGGGGAAGUUGGAUUUUUUUGUAUGUGAAUGGCCUUGCUUUUUUUUAGUUUGUGUUUCCCCCUCCUGUCUUGAAUCCUACAGGACCUGCAAAUAAUUGCUUACUGGAUGUGCUUUUAGUUCUGGCACUUGUUUUUACAAGAGAAUGAAAAGUGAGUCUGGUGAUUCUCUUCUCACAGCAAAAAGGGAAAGGACAAAAACAUAGAACAACCCAAUGUUUGGGAGAAAACUUUUUGGUUCACCUGAGGUGAAUGUAUCUGCUUUAAAAGCUUAAAAGCAUCAGAGCAUUUUAAAAACAACAACAACUGCUAAAUGAAAAGGGACUUCCCUUCUCAUGCCUGCAUGUGGCAGCAGGUCGUGAGGAGGCAGGCAAGACAGUGUGAUAAACAGAGACUCCAAUGGAAGCUGCCAAGGAAAUGGGAUUGCCUUUGGAUUGCAAAGGUGCUCAGGUUGAACCGUGAACAGUGGAGUUCAGAAAGGGCUUUUCCGUCUGGCCUGGCACAUUGUUAACUGCACAAAACUUUGGUUUGUGGUCUCACAUGGUCUGUGUGCCUUCCCCCUCCCCUCCUUAUGCAAUCUAUUUCAGCUUUAGCAGCAGAAAUUUGGUCUGUUGGGGAAGAUAUGCCUGAGGAUGGCUUUGGGAAAAGAUUGAAUGAAUGUCCUGUAUGUAUACCUAUGAAAAUCAAACUGGAGAAAAUCUUUUUAAAGCCUUAAGUUACUUGAAACCUACACAUCUGCAAACUUUUGUCUCUGGAACUGCAUAAUGCUAUACUGGAAAUCUCAGGCUGUAUGAUGAUUAUAUCCAGUUGAGCAAAAAGGCGGCUUGCCGCUUCUUUGAACGCCUCUUCUGCAGUAGCUGUUUCUCCAAAGGAUAAGUGUGUCCUCACUUUUACGACUCCAAAUCAAAAUGAACCCAAUUUGUUUUGGUUUUUUUAAGCAUUGCAUUUUCUUAGCCAACUGUCAUCAUCUUUUAUAGAGAAAUUUUUCACUAUGCAUUUGGUGGAUAUUUAUAAAAACUAAUCUUUUCUUCUUCUUUUACCCUCUCGUAUUCUGAUCUGUCUAAAAUUUUGGUCGUAUCAACAAAACAAAAGAUUUACAUUUUCUGCACUAGACAUAGUACUUUCUUAUGUCAAAAGGGAAAAAUAGAGCAAAGCAUGUAUGCAGCUGUGGAACAUGGGCCUGUUCUCUGCAGCGAUUCCAACAUCCUCUGCCUCUCUUGGAAAGGCAGGGUUCCUAAAAGUGAAAAGGAGAAGCCUGUAUGCCGGAGACGAUAUUAUGAGGAAGGAUGGCUGGCAACUGGCAAUGGCCGGGGAGUCGUUGGCGUUACUUUCACUUCCAGCCACUGUAGAAGAGACAGGAAUACACCACAGAGAAUCAAUUUUAAUUUAAGGGGCCACAACAGUGAGGAAAAGGCAGAGAACUUCCGAAUGGAAGAAAGGAUGGUGGUGCUUGUAAGAUGGAAUGAACCAUUUCAGAAGCUAGCAACCUGCGAUGCAGAUGGUGGAAUAUUUGUUUGGAUUCAGUAUGAAGGGAGAUGGUCUGUGGAACUUGUGAAUGAUCGUGGGGCACAGGUGAGCGACUUUACGUGGAGCCAUGAUGGAACACAAGCACUUAUCUCCUAUAGAGAUGGGUUUGUGCUAGUUGGAUCAGUCAGUGGACAGAGACAUUGGUCUUCAGAGAUUAACUUGGAGAGUCAGAUCACCUGUGGCAUAUGGACUCCUGAUGAUCAACAGGUCCUGUUUGGUACUGCAGAUGGGCAAGUGAUCGUUAUGGAUUGCCAUGGCCGAAUGCUAGCACAUGUUCUCCUUCAUGAAUCUGAUGGCAUUCUUAGUAUGUCCUGGAACUAUCCAAGCUUCUUGGUAGAAGACAGCAGUGAGAGUGACACCGAUUCAGAUGAUUAUUCUCCACCACAAGAUGGCCCAGCUUCAUAUCCUGUCCUGGUUCAGAACACCAAACCACUGCUCACUGUCAGUUUCACAUCAGGAGACAUUAGCUUAAUGAACAAUUAUGACGACUUGUCACCUACCAUCAUCCGCUCAGGGUUGAAAGAUGUAGUUGCUCAAUGGUGCACUCAAGGAGACUUAUUGGCUGUAGCAGGAAUGGAAAAACUCAGCCAACUAGCUGAACUUAGUGGAGCUUCUUUUCUAAAAAGUGCAUUCGUCAAGUUCUACAAUAUUCAUGGAGAACAUAUCUACACUCUGGAGACACCUGUGCAGCGCCCUAUUAUCUCCAUCUGCUGGGGUCACAGGGACUCUCGUCUGUUGAUGGCUUCUGGUCCUGCCCUGUAUGUUGUCAGAGUGGAACACAGAGUGUCCAGCUUACAGCUCCUAUGCCAACAGACCAUAGCUAGCUCCUUGCGGGAUGAUAAAGAUAUCAGCAAAUUGAUCCUGCCUCCCCGCCUGUGCUCAUACCUCACCACUGCCUUUACACCAACGAUCAAGCCUCCUAUCCCAGACCCUAAUAACAUGAGAGAUUUUGUUAGCUACCCAACAUCCGGCAAUGAAAGGCUUCACUGUACAAUGAAGAGGACAGAAGAUGAUCCAGAGGUUGGAGGGCCUUGCUAUACAUUGUACUUGGAAUACUUGGGAGGUCUGGUGCCUAUCUUGAAAGGACGGAGGAUUAGCAAACUGCGACCUGAGUUUGUCAUUAUGGAUCCUAAAACAGAUGGAAAAGCAGAUGAAAUCUAUGGAAACAGUUUGAUUUCCACUGUGAUUGACAGCUGCAACUGCUCUGAUUCCAGUGAUAUUGAACUGAGUGAUGACUGGGCUGCCAAAAAGUCUCCCAAAAUCACUCGAGCUAGCAAAUCACCCAAACUUCCCAGAAUUAAUAUAGAAGCUCGUAAAUCUCCCAAAUUAUCACGAGCUGCUCAGGAGAUAUCAAGAUCUCCUCGGCUCCCCAUCAGAAAGCCCUCCAUAGGUUCACCAAGUCUAACUCGCCGGGAAUUUCCUUUGGAAGAUAUCACUCAGCACAACUACCUUGCUCAGGUCACAUCAAACAUCUGGGGAACCAAAUUCAAAAUUGUAGGUUUGGCUGCUUUCCUUCCAACCAAUCUUGGGGCAGUUAUCUAUAAAACCAGCUUGCUGCAUCUCCAGCCCAGGCAAAUGACAAUAUAUCUUCCAGAAGUACGUAAGAUUUCCAUGGACUAUAUAAACCUGCCUGUUUUCAACCCAAAUGUUUUUAGUGAAGAUGAAGAUGAUUUGCCAGUGACUGGAGCAUCUGGAGUUCCUGAGAACAACCCACCAUGCACCGUAAACAUCCCAAUUGCUCCUAUUCACAGUUCAGCACAAGCAAUGUCCCCGACUCAGAGCAUAGGGCUGGUCCAGUCUUUGUUGGCCAAUCAGAAUGUACAAUUGGAUGUCCUUGCAAACCAGACAACAGCUGUGGCGGCACCAGACCACAUGAAUGAUAAUGGAAUACACUACCCAAUCCCAAGCAGGUACUCCAACCCAGGCCAGGUGAUCUUUGGAGGAGUAGAAAUGGGGCGCAUCAUCCAGACACCACCUCAGUUACCCCUGCCUCCUCAGGGUGCAAUCCAGAUGACCAUGAUGGAACACAGAGAUGGGGACAGAGAUCAUGAACACCUACAGAAGGCAAAAACAUUGCGUCCAGUUCCACAGGUGGCUGAAGGAGAAGUGCCUGUCUUCAGCACUGCUCAAGAAAUCCAGAUGAACAAAAUGAACCCCCCUCCCCCAUACCCAGGCACCAUACCAGCAGCUCCUACUACAGCACCACCACCUCCUCCUGUACCUCAACAACCUCCGGUAGACCUCUGCUUGAAAAAAGGAGACUUCCCGCUUUAUCCAGCAGGACAUUAUCAGACCCCUCUAGGCUAUGAGAGAAUAACCACUUUUGACAGUAGUGGGAAUGUUGAGGAGGUGUGUCGGCCUCGGACGCGCAUGUUGUGUUCCCAGAACACUUACACUCUGCCAGGACCUGGCAGCUCUGCUACUCUAAGGAUUACUUCGUCAGAGAAGAAGAUUCAGCAACCUUGUACCAGUGCUACCUUGAAUAGGCUUACGGUUCCACGCUACUCCAUUCCCACUGGGGAUCCACCUCCUUACCCAGAGAUUGCUGCCCAGCUGUCUCAAGGCCGUGGCAUCACGCAGAGGCUAGAUAACAGCAUCAUCCAUGCCACUCUGCGGAGGAAUAGCAGGGAGGCAGCACUGAAAAUGGCUCAAAUGGUUGACAACCAGAGAGCCACCUUGCAGCUCCCACCCAAACUAAAGAGCAAUGUUGUGGCCGCCCAGUACCAACAGAGGGUGCCAACAGCACUAUACACCUGCAGUCAGUGCAGCAGCAAUGGCAACAGCAAUGGCGGGAGCAGUGGCAGUGCUGCUAAUAUUGGGAAUGGGAACAUCACCAGUGUCAACAGUAACAACAACACAUCUGGCAUUGGCAACACAAGGCCAGAUGUAACAACAGGGAACAGCUCUCAACACAGCUCUGUCAUUGCACAUUCAGUCAGUACUUCACCUUUGGCUUCCCAGUCCUCAUACAGUUUAUUGGGUCCACCAGAUAACUCUCGUGAACGGACAGAUUAUGUGAACUCUGCCUUCAUGGAGGAUGAGGCUCUUUCUCAGCACUGCCCUAUAGAGAAAUCAAUACGUCAUAUUCCGGUAGCCAUGGCAGAGCCUACCAUUGGUGUGAAAAGACCACCUCCCUAUCAGUGGGAACCUAUGGUGAGUGAGGAGAUAUGGGUUCCUCAAGAAAGGACAGCACAUACUUUGCCUCAUCCUGUUAAACCCACCCCUUUAGUUAUUGGCCAAACUCAACAUCUGGAUAUCUCACGGGCACCAUUUGUUUCUCCCAAGUCUCCAACCAGUCCCACUGCCACUUUCCAGAUGAAUUAUGGGGUUGGAGCACCCUACCCAGGGACCUAUGGUAUCCCUCCUCCCCCACCCCCACCUCUUCAGGGAAUGCAGGUGCCCUGUUCUCCCAAAGAAAGUCUGGCCCCUCCUCAAAUUGCACAACAGGAGCCAACAGUUGUGCUUCAGCCAGGUUAUCCCUCCAACCUCUCCUAUUGUCCUUUGCCUCCCAUGUACCCUGGAAACAGCACUUGCUCGAGUUUACAGCUGCCACCGAUGGCCUUGCACCCAUGGAAUCCCUACAGCACAUGCCCACCUGCUGCGCAGAGUGCCCAAAGCACUCUCCCCCCCAAGGCCCUGCUGGUCGUGGAGAAACCAGUUAUGUCUCCACCCCCAGCAGAUCCUCCGGGUCAUGUGGGCUCAGAUGCAAUGGCGGAGACAGCAGACAACUUCCAGGAAGUACUCUCAUUGACAGAGAGCCCCAUCCCUCAACGGACAGACAAAUUUGGGAAGAAGAACCGGAAGCGCUUGGAUAGCCGUGCAGAUGAGGGAAAUAUGCAGGCUAUCACAGAGGGGAAAGUCAAAAAGGAGGCCAGGACAACACUGACUGACUUCAACUCGCUGAUAUCCAGCCCUAGGCUGGGCAGGGAGAAGAAGAAAGUCAAAAGUCAGAAGGACCAGCUGAAGUCAAAAAAACUGAACAAGAUGAAUGAAUUUCAGGACAGCUCAGAAAGUGAGCCUGAACUAUUUAUUAGUGGGGAUGAACUGAUGAAUCAGAGCCAGGGCAGUAAAAAGGGGUGGAAAACGAAAAGGAACUUGAGGACAGCCAGUGAGCUUGAUGAAUUUAAAUGCCGAAAAGCAAAUGAAAAAGAAGAUGGACGACUGGGCAGCCAGGGCUUUGUGUAUGUGAUGGCUAACAAGCAGCCCUUGUGGAAUGAGGCAACACAAGUCUAUCAGCUGGACUUUGGAGGGAGAGUGACCCAAGAAUCAGCAAAAAACUUCCAGAUUGAGCUGGAAGGGAGACAGGUCAUGCAGUUUGGGAGGAUUGAUGGCAACGCUUACAUUUUGGACUUUCAGUAUCCAUUUUCUGCGGUGCAAGCCUUUGCAGUAGCUCUGGCUAAUGUGACUCAACGCCUCAAAUGAAAAAAAAAGAAAGAAAAGAAGACCAGAAAGAGUGGGGGGGGGGAACGUAACAAAUCUUUCUCAUAAGGGCCAUCACAGGAAGUGGCCUGGGAGAAGCAUGCAAAGGAAUCUGGAAGUGAAGAAGGAAGUGCAACUGGAAAAAAAAAGUCUCCAAAUGCCCUAAGAAGGGCUUCAGCUUCGAACAUUAAUGGGGAUAGGGUGGGGCUCUUUUGGUUUGGGAUUUGUUUUCUUUGACUCAACAUCGUGCUGGUUUUUCAGGGCAAGCAAAAGAUGGGAGCUAUUCUGUGUUCUGUUGGGAAAUGUAGCUUUUGGCUUGUUGUGAUGGUUUUUCUGUGUUUGCCGCAAAAAGUAGCUAAUGUAAGCCGAGAGAAGGAUUUUAAAAGACUGCCCUUCUUUUUUUCUUUCUUUCAUUAUUUUAUAGAUUGCCUUAUAUCAUGCUGUUCCUUUUAAAGUAAGGAACAUAACCCCCCCACACCACUUUGUACUUCAAUAGCAAAUGGCAAAGAAAGACAAAAGCUAUAAUAUACUUGAAGAUAUAUGUUUAUUCUCUAAUAAUGGAGCACUGUAGGUGCCAUGGAGAUUUUUUUGGAAGUCCUUACCUAGUUUCUAAAAAUAUCAUUUGCAGGUGAAAAAAAACAAAGCAAGGUAUUUGCCUUUGGGGUUGUUUGAAAAAGGACACUGUGUUAAAGAUUUUUUUCCCUUUCUUUUCCUUUCCUUUGUUCUGUGACCUGGGUUAUGAGUCUGUACCAGCCACUGGCAAAUUGGGCAGGGGAGAGAGGCAAUGAUGAGGUGCACAUAUUGUUUUAAAAUACUUAUACAGUACUGAUUUUGGUUCAUAUGUGUGGAAUGAAAGGUUGUGACCAGAACUAAGUAAAGUUAUUUGUUUGGACUAUAGCUCCCAGAACCUUGGGGGAUUUGGGUCGUUGUGGUCCAAAUAAUAACUUUUCCAAGUAAAAAACAUGCAGGGGUAGCUGUGUUGGCCAUUUAACAAA